CAGCCCACGUGACCACAUGACAUCCACAUCCACGCGGAAACGCCGUUCAUUUCUGCUCUUCUCAGCGGAAAAACCAUAAACAUUGUCCCCGGGCGUUCAGGUGGAUAUUUAACCGCACACAACGAUGCGACGUCUGGGCUCCGUUCAGCAGAAGAUACCGUGUGUGUUUCUGACGGAGGUGAAGGAAGAACAGUCCAGAAAACGAGAGUGUCAGCAAUUUCAGGUUGUUGCCACUGCAAACGUGAACCCUGUCGCUCUGGAGGCGAACGUCGACUGUGCACUUGCCACAGAAAAACUGGAUGGUACCUGCUGUUAUGUCACAGUUUAUAAAGGGCAGCCUUACCUCUGGGCUCGACUUGACAGGAAACCCAACAAACAAGCAGAGAAGAGGUUCAAAAAGUACCAGCAUUCACACAGGAGCUGUAAAGGAUUCACAUGGAAUGUAGAGGAAGAUUUCAAGACGGUGCCAGAGACAUGGAUCCCAGCUCACAGGGUCAAACAUCACAACGGCCAUCCAGUGCCUGAUGAACACGGACACAUUCCAGGCUGGGUACCAGUGGAGAAGGACAACAAGCAGUACUGUUGGCACUCCUCUGUGGUGGAUUACGAAGUCGGGGUGGCUCUCGUUCUCAGGCCCAGCGCUGACGAUGAGGACAUGCUAGAAAUUGCAGCAGUUCCACUGUCUGAACUCAUGGAACAAACACUGGAGCUCAUUGGAACCAAUGUGAAUGGGAACCCGUACGUACUGGGGAGUAAGAAGCAGCCUGUCCACUGCCUGGUGUCUCACGGGAGUGUUAAAAUCAGAAACCCUCCACCGGUGGACUUCCAGCAGCUGUGCUCCUGGUUCCAGGAGAGUCCAGAGGGACGAGUCGAAGGCAUCGUCUGGCACUGCAACGACGGCACGCUCAUUAAGGUUCAUCGUCAUCACCUGGGACUGAGGUGGCCAGAUGGGGAAUCCUGUUUCGGUAACAAGUCGGUCAUCAUUCGUGUCGACGGGACAGCUGAGUACAAAAACACUAAGGACUUGUUCACGUCUUUCUCCACACUAAAUGGACACUGCUUCAGCCGGCUUCAGGACAUCCAGUUUGACCCAUAAAACAAGUGAGAUUAAACAUUCCCUUUCCAAAGCCUCUGCUGUCACCCUGUAGCUACCAGAUAUUUUCACCUGUAAUUCCAGAUGAGUGAUUUUAAAGUCACUGUUUAAUGCACUUAAUUUCUCUGUGGAAACUAACAAAGUACACAGAACUACAGGUUUUCUAUGAAGUCUUAAUCAGAGUGGUUUACAAUGAGGACAUAGACUAAAGACUAAAGAGGCUCAGAACUGUGUCUUUCUGGUUGUGGGGAGGUCAAACCUUCACCACCAAACAGGAAUAGUGGAUUGAAUUAAAGGCUGAAGACAGUUUGCCAUUUGCUUUUCAGAUCUAUGUACAGCUUUAAGGCAUAUUCACAUUACAGUAAUAAACAGUGACAAUCCUGCAAGCUGCAUUGCUGAGGCCAAUCAGUUACUGUACAGUUCUGGAGAGUCAGAUCAUCACAGCUCAGAUCAAAGUUACAAACAAAUUUGAACCUGAACAAAAUCAUGAAUGAAGCACAGACAAAAGCUGCAGUACUGUGAAUAUGCCUUUAGUGAAAAAACUGACGACAAUUAAAGUUGCUUAAUUGUUCUUAAUUAAUAUACUGUAAACACUGUAUGUUAGAAGUACUUCACUGCUAAGUGAGGAAUAAAUGGCGAGUAUAUAAACAUUUCUUUUUAACCAUCUGA